AUGGCCUCCGGACUCAUCCUCAACCCCAUCCACCUCCUCCACAUCGCGCCCCUAGCCACCAGCACAGGCAGUCUAGCGCACGCACUAGUAGAACUCACCACAACCUCCGCCUUCCUGUCCCCAAGCAUCCGCAAGCAAUCAGAGACUCUACUCCCGAACUGGUUCGACCAAUUCUUCCGGCGAAGCGUGUGGUCAGUAUUGACCUUGAACCUGGGGACGAUCUCGACGACGGCGGCGACGCUGGUACUCAAUCGUCGCAAUCCGGCACUGCAGACCACCAGCUUCUACUGGGCUGGAUUGGCGGGCGCCGUGGGCCAUCUGCUGUUUGUCCCGUUGGUGGCGGGGCCGGUGCAGCGGAUUGUGGAGGAUUGCAGUAAGGGGAAGGCCUCGGUUGACUUGGAGCGGUGGGUAAGUGUGCACCGUAUACGGAUGCUGCUGGUGGAUUUUCCUGCGUGGCUGGCGUUUGUGGGGGCAGUGUUGACGCUGUGA